AUGGCAUCCAAAGCACAAGAUAAAGUGAGUACAAUGGCUGAGAGUGAGGAUUUUAGCACGCUGAUUGAGCGGUUCCAGUUUGUGAAGGUGCUGGACUCUAACCCGCAGACAAAAGUUAUCUCUCUGCUGGGGACCAUUGACGGGAAGGACGCUAUUAUCACUGCGGAGAAGACGCAUUUUGUGUUUGAUGAGACUGUACACAAGACUGCUAGCGAUGAGAAUGCCACUCCUAUAUUUUACCACUGUGAGAACGAGUACUCGUGCGUUAACGGUAUCGAGGAGUUGAAGCAGAUUACGAACAACGACAUUUAUUACUGGGGUCUGUCCGUGUUGAGACAGAGUAUGGACUACAAUCCUACGGCAAAGCUGAACUUGAUCUGGCCUGCCACACCGGUGCAUGUCAAGAAGUAUGAACAACAGAACUUCCACUUGAUCAAGGAGACCCCAGAAGCGUACAAGAGGAUUGUGGAGCCAUACAUCGAAGAAAUGCACAACAAGGGCAGAUUGGCGUGGGUGAACAACAUCCUUUAUGGUGAGGCGGAGGCAGACCGUGUUGUUUACAAGGACUACCAGGAAGACAAUAAGAAGGACAGCUUCAUAGUGUUGCCAGACAUGAAAUGGGAUGGUAACAACUUAGAGUCCUUGUACUUAGUAGCUAUAUCCUACAGAGACGAUAUCAGGUCGCUAAGGGACUUAAAGAUGGAAGACAGAGACUGGUUAAAAAAUAUAUACAACAAGAUCAGAUCUAUCAUCCCUGCAUGCUACAACUACGCGGUUCAUCCUGACGAACUUAGAGUCUUCAUCCACUACCAGCCAUCCUACUACCAUUUCCACAUUCACAUUGUGAACAUCAAACACCCUGGUCUAGGUAAUGGUAUCUCUACUGGUAAAGCUAUCCUACUAGAUGAAAUCAUUGAUAUGCUACAAUACUUGGGCCCAGAAGGCUAUAUGCGCAAAACCAUAACAUACGUCAUUGGUGAGAACCACGACCUGUGGAAGCGUGGUCUGGAGGAAGAAGUAUCCAAACAGCUAGAGGCGGAUGGUAUCCCAAAAUUGCCUAAUAUUGUAGAAGGCUUCUAG